CAAAAAGCAUCUGGCGCAACUUGUCGUCCGUGCAAAAUAGCAUUUCCCGUGGAGCUCUUGGAGAAGCCCAUAGAAAUUUUGACUAUCAGCAUGAUAGACAUAAAGCGUGUGUAAAUAAACUGUAUCCUUGUUCUCAAAAGUGGUCAAGCACUUUCACGAAGCGUGUCGAAAUGGGGGAGUCUGCGAAACAAUUGAGAUAUGUCGAUAUCGGCGUUAAUCUCGGGGACCCUGUGUUCAGGGGUGACUAUCACGGCAAAAAAGUACACGAUGAUGACCUCCGGGAUGUCAUCGAACGGGCUGUCAAUGUCGGCUGCCAGAAAUUUAUGGUGACGGGCUCUGAUUUACAGGAGUCCAAACAUGCCAUUCAAGUAGCAAGAGACCACGCUGGUCUCUGCUUCGCCACCGUGGGUGUACAUCCCUGUCAAGCAAAACUGUUCGACUCGUAUCCCCAAGGCCCUGCAGCUUAUCUAGCGGAGAUUAAAGCUCUGGCACUCGAAGCCAAAGAGUCCGGCCAUGCUGUUGCCUUCGGAGAAAUUGGACUGGACUACGAUCGUCUAUUCUUGUCUCCCAAGGACCAGCAGUUAAAAUAUUUCGAAGCGCAGUUGGACGUAGCCGUUGGGGUCCAGCUGCCUUUAUUUCUACACUCCCGUGCCGCCAGCGAAGACUUCGAACGCAUCCUUUCAUCGAGACUUCCUAAGUUGCCGAAGGGCGGGCUGGUACACAGCUUCACAGGAACGAUGGAGGAGAUGCAGCGACUGGUCGCAUUGGGCCUAGAUAUUGGGGUCAAUGGAUGUAGCUUGAAAACCGAAGAAAACCUAGAGGUCGUCAAGGCUAUGCCGCUCGACCGAAUCCAAAUUGAAACCGAUGGCCCUUGGUGCGAGAUUCGACCCUCCCACGCAUCGUUCAAAUACGUCGAAGAUGCACCCACAUUGCCAAAAGCCGUUAAAAAGGAGAGGUGGCAGAAGGGUUGUAUGGUCAAGGGCAGAAAUGAACCGGUGACGAUAUCCCGCGUUGCGCAAGUGAUUGCUCGAGUCAAGGGAAUUACAGUCGAGGAAGUUUGUGAAGCCGCAUGGAACAAUUCUAUCAAGAUGUUUGGCCUGGGUGAAGAAAUCUCAUCAAGCUGA